AUGUAUUCGUUGCGUCAACAACAAAUAAAACAAUUAAUCUACCUUUUUUGCAUUUUCAUCGCUCCAACGCUAUGUAUUUCUACGAAAGAAAUUCUUCAAACUAUUCGGUGUAAUGUUCUACAUCAAAACUGUACAUUUCCGCCGAGUAAUUCUUCAUCAGAUUCGAUUUCAUCUAUUGUUUCUGUUCGAAUUUCCACAUCACAAACAACUCGUCAAAGUCCAAUUGCACUAACAACCCCCCAACGGCCAACGAUACGAACAAAUCGUCAAAGUCUCACCUCAAGAUUAACUUUACCAACAACUAGACUAUCGUCAACAACAACAAAACAAAAUCGAACAUCAAGUUUCGAUGCAUUUAGUGACAAUUUAAAACGUGCUGCUUUAAUAUUAGCUGGCAUUGCCAUAGGGCUUGGUAUUCUUCGGAUUUGUCUAAUGUUAUGUAAAUCACGUUCUCCGAGUAAUUCAUCAUCGAAUCGUCAUACAGCUACUGUUCGACCACAAGUAGCCACUAUAGAGCAUCAUCAAUUUAAACCAGAUUUACCACCAGCGUACGCCGAAGCAAUACGUGGUAGAGACAAUGAGGGCGGUAAAUUACCAUCAUAUGAAGAAUUAUCAUAUGAACAACGACAAGAACCACAAAUCAAUAAUAAUAUUGAAUUUAUUUCAACACAAGUGUAA